AACCACAACCUCUAACUACAACCUCUAACUACCAUGCCUUACUUUCUACAUUAAUACAUUACCAUUUCCCUUGUUCUUAAGAAUUUAUAUCUCCCCAUUAAUUUGCACUUUUUCAUCGUGAUAAUUCAUCCCAUCUUUAUCUACAAUUUCAAUUUGUCAUCUGGGUUUUCUCGUCUCCCCUUCAUUUGCGCAAUAAAUUUAAACAAAAUCAUACCCAGAAAAAAAUUAAAAUUAAUUUGAAGGUAGAAAUUGUAUUUCACGAAGCUAUGAUGAAGAUGAAGCAAUUUAAUUUAAUUAUUUCUAGAAAAAUUAUACCGACGCUUUUUUACUCCACCGCUUCUUUCAACCGGGAAGCAUCAGUAUCAUUGGUUCAAGGAGCUUCAAGAGGCAUUGGUCUUGAAUUUGUAAAACAGCUCCUGGUUAGGGAUAAGAAAGGGCAUGUUCUUGCUACAUGUCGGAAUCCAGAUCAAUCUACUGGACUGCUGGAGCUAAAAAACCAAUUUUCUGAUCGACUUAACCUUCUGAAGAUCGACGUGACUGAUGAAAAUACCAUUGAGGCGGCCACGACUUCUGUGAGAGAAACAUAUGGUUAUCUGAAUCUCCUCGUCAAUACAUCUGGAAUUCUGUCUAUACCUAAUUUGUUACAUCCAGAAACGACAUUGGCUAAAGUACAGAAGUCUGCCUUGAUGCUUACAUAUGAGGUUAAUGCUGUGGGUCCUCUGCUAAUGAUCAAGCACAUGUGGCCCCUAUUAAAGGAGGGAGGGGGAAAAGGGACUAUGAGGGACGCUGCAGUUGUAGCAAAUUUGAGUGCCAGAGUUGGAUCUAUUGGUGACAAUAACCUAGGGGGGUGGCAUUCAUAUCGAGCUUCAAAGACAGCAUUAAAUCAGUUGACAAAAACAGUUUCGGUGGAAUUGGCUCGUAAAAAGGAUCCAGUUAUUUGCCUUUUGUUGCAUCCUGGCACAGUUGACACGGAUUUGUCUCGGCCUUUUCAGAGAAAUGUCCCUCAAGAUAAACUUUUCACCAGAGAGUUUUCUGUAAGCAAGCUUUUGAGCAUCAUUGAUGGUGCCAAGAUUCAUGACAAUGGCAAGUUUUUCGCUUGGGAUGGUCAAGAAAUUCCUUGGUGAUGUUAUCGUCUUGGGUUUCAUUGACAAUUCUAGUGAUCUGCUUGCCGUUUUCAUCUUGAUAGAGAUUCAAGUGGUUCACCACUGAUUUUUAUUCAUUCUGAACUCUUUAGCGUUACAAAUAGUUCUGAUAACUGAUGACAGAUGAUUUUUUUUGUCAUUUCAUUUAUGUAUACUCUGUAUUAUAGUACUGCUGUCAAAAAAUACUGAAUGUAUUAGUGGAAUUUUUCUGAUGUCAAAAAUAUUAUGCUCCUCAACAUGAGCUUUUCUAACA